CUUCUGUCGAGUUGGUCGACACCCACGUCGAGACUCACAAUCGAACUGGCCAUGUCAAAUAGUUCAAAUAGUUGCUACCACGGUGUCGCGGCCAUCGCGGCCGUGGUGGGGGUCGCCGCCGUGGUGGUCUUCCUCGUCCGAUCGGUCCAAGUGAAGCCAUUUAUCCCGUCGCUGACGAUGCCCGUGCACUUGCACCGCGUGGUGGUCGGUGUAGUGGACUUUUUUGGGUCGGUCGAGGGCCUCGGACGCAUCACGUUCGACGAAGCAGACCAAGACGGCAUGUGCCAGUUUUACGUGAUGGGGUCGCGGUUCAUCUCGGUGUUGAAGGCCGAACACGUCCGCACCGUCGUGAACGCGUCGAGCUUUCGCCGCCGCGAGCGCUUCUUCGACACAUUUGUGGAGGCCGUCGUUGGCGAAAAGGCGCUGAUUCAAGUGAUGGGCAACGAAUGGAAACUCCAUCGCAAUCUGGUCGCAAAAGCGCUCGGGUGGCAGAACUUGGUUAGCAUGGCCCCUGUCAUGGGCUCGCUCUCGAACGAGUUUGCCACCGUAUUGCUGGCAACGAAAGGACCGAGUGUCGACGUGGUACCUCUCCUCAAGCAUCUCACUCUCGACAUCAUCGGCGCAACGUCGUUUGGAAAGUCGUUUGGGGCGAUUCAAAAGGCAGAGUGCCCCGUUGCCGACGCGUUCAAGUUUCUCCUCAACGACUUGAGUCGACGACGCGUCCAAGAUCCGCUGAGCCCAGCGAGCUCGUUUUACUGGAUUCCAACCGCCGCCAACAAAAUGUACCACCGCCAGUCGGCAAUUCUGCGCGCCACGAUUGACCAAGUCGUGGCAUCUCGGUUGCGCCCGGUCCACAACGCGGAUGGCACCAUGCCAGUCCACCAAGAUCUGCUUCAGUAUUUGGUGGAUGCAGCGAAAGAAGAAGCGUCGGGAGUGACCCGCCAGAGUUUCGCCGACAACCUGCUCACGUUUUUGUUUGGAGGCUACGACACCACGAGUACCGCGCUCGCCUACGCUUUGCAUCUUGUGGCGGCAAAUCCACGCGUCCAAGAAAACGCGAUCCUAGAAAUCCACCAAGUACUUGGACCAACGGACAUGCCUACGUACGACUCGAUCAGCAAGCUCACGUAUUGCGCCGCUGUGAUCACAGAGUCACUGCGCUUGUUCCCGCCCGUCCAUGUCACGAUGCGGACGCUCGAAACCGACCUGGACGUCGGUGGCCAUCACGUCCCCAAAGACACCAACGUGCUCUUGCCAAUUUAUUGGAUCCAUCGGUUCGAGGCGAAUUGGGGCCCCGAUGCAGAUGCCUUUCGACCUGAACGGCACCUCGGAGACGGCGAGGACGACCAUGUCCAGAUCCAUGCCAAGGACAAAGCGUUCCGCAUGAUGGCGUUCUCGGGCGGCCCGCGCAGCUGCGUCGGCUUUCGGUUCGCCAUGAUGGAAGCUGUCAUUGCGCUCGUUGUGAUUCUUCGUCGAUGCAAACUGUCCGUCCCAGCGGACGCUCCGUCCGUGCGACCGGUCGUGGCGGGGAUUGUCACCAAGCCAGAGCAUGGCGUAUGGCUGCACGUUGAGCCACGCGACAGCUCGACUUGAGAUCGUUCCAAGGCUGGCCCUCCUCCGUCAUGACCAUACAAUAAUAUGGAGCGACGCUAGCACUUUAGGUGAUUUGGCAAGCUUUUUCUGCGGUGCACCA